AUGAAGGGUGAGUUCAAUGGUCUUAAAACACAGAUUUUGAGAGAAAAUCCUUGUGCCUAUUAUAUUCAUUGUUUUGCACAUCAACUUCAAUUAGCUCUUGUGGCCGUGGCAAAGGGAAAUGCUGAUAUUGCCACUUUCUUCACAUCUUGCAAUAGCUUGGUUAAUAUUGUUGGAGCAUCGUGCAAGCGUCGUGACAUUCUUAGAGAUCAACUACAAAAGGAUGUUACGGAAGCUCUAGAAAAAGAUACUUUUCCAACAGGGCGAGGCUUAAAUCAAGAAACUUGUCUCAAGCGUCCCGGUGAUACACGUUGGAACUCACAUUAUGGUACAUUACUUAGUAUCAUUUCCAUGUUUAAAUCUGUGGUGAAAGUGCUCAAAUUUAUUAUUGAGGAUGGCUCCACUGAUAAUCUAGGUGAAGCAAAUAGGUCAUUGAGAGAAAUACAAUCUUUUGAGUUUGUAUUUCACCUAUUUUUCAUGAGAUCUAUAUUGGGAGCCACAAAUGACUUGUCACAAGCAUUACAGAGGAAAGACCAAGAUAUUGAGAAUGCAAUGACUUUAGUCAAAGUUUGCAAGGACCAACUACAACACAUGAGAGAGAAUGCAUUUGAAGCCUUGCUUGAUCAAGUAUCUUCCUUUUGUGCCAAACAUGAUAUCUUGGUUCCAAACAUGGAUGAUGCAUAUGUAGCUCAAUGGAGAUCACAUCGGAGAGCUCCUAUAAUAACACACCUCCAUCAUUAUCGUGUGGACAUCUUUAUUCAAAUCAUUGAGUGGCAACUUGCGGAAUUAAAUCGUCGCUUUAGUGAGACAUUGACCCCUGGAAGGAAAUAUCCUGGAUCCGCCACUGAUUGCAACUACGACUAG